CAAUCAGGCGGAGCUCAGCUUUCCUGACGCUGUGUUCUACCGCUCUAUGUACCUCAACCACAGACCGCGGAAGAUAAUGGUCCACUGUAGUCCGUGUGGAUUCACUGGGCCCUACGCUCGCUUGGUUGAAGGCAUUCCGUUCACUUAUGUGCCGACAGUAUUCCCCAAAGACGUCUUCGGCACACCUAUAGAUCCAGAAUGGUCCCACCACUCAACGGACAUUGUGCGCAUACGUGUCGUGAUGCGUUACGGGGGCAUCUACCUCGACGCGGACGUGUUCGUGGUGCAGUCUCUGCGACGAUUUCUUCGUUACGAGGCCACCGUGGGUGGCGUAGAAGAUGGAACUUUUGGCAAUAUGAUAAUGAUCGCGCACAACAACUCCCGUGUCAUGCGUCUGUUCAUGGACACCUACCGCGAGUUCAAUGCAUCACUGUGGACCUACAAUUCCGCAGACGUGCCCACCACACAAUUCGUUGACAAGCGGCCUCACCUGUUCCACCGCAUGACCCACGGCCUCGAGACAUACAUGCUUCCAGCUAUCUACUUGCCCCACUUCAUCCCCGACUGGCGGAACGCCUACGCCAUGCACACUUUAAUUAACCACCGCCAUCUUGCGAAAGAAGACCCACUGAUUGGUCAAGAGCUCAACGAGACAACCAUCAGAAACUACGAUACAGCCUUGGGACAGAUGGUUCGCUCAGUUCUUUUCGGCACGUCAGAUUUUGUCGCUCCCGAUGCUCGCUUGCUGAAUGUUACUGAACUGGCUGCCAUGAAGGACCGCGGCGAUGACCUCACUCGAAUGGAUACUGGAAGUUCGAGACCAUUCUAUUAUCCAAAUUAGUUCCCGGGAAUGGUGCCUGCGUUAUCGGCAGCGCUGUUGACAUAUGUUUCUUUCGCGUCUGUGUAUCCAGGAAUAAAAGUUGAUGGUUGAGAGA